AUGACGAGCGACGAUCAGUUCUUCUUUGACUACCUCGCGUCCAUACCGCAUGACGUAAGGCGAUACUCUCUGCAAGUCGCCGACUCAAUCGACCGUCAAGUCGACUGGGCAGCGGCCACCAUCCGAGAAACCCUUGCACAACAAACGUGGCUGCCAUCAUCUGUUCGACCGACGUUGCGCAUGCGGGAUAUGCGCUCCCCGCCUCGUGGUUUGACUGAUCGGGCGCAGGACUGGAUGGCUCGGCAUCGUGCUCUGACUGCGGCUAUCGUUGCUUUCGUUGGCACUGGAUGUGUCUUGCUGUAUGGGAACAAAAAGCUGAACAGCAAGCGGAGGAAGGCUAGGAAGGCUGGUAAUGGGUCGCGAAAGGAGAUUGUUGUGGUUGCCGGAUCGCCGCAUGAACCGAUGACACGAGCUAUUGCUGCCGAUUUGGAGCGCCGGGGAUACAUCGUUUAUGUGACGGUAUCGUCUGCUGAUGAGGAACACAUCGUACAGUCCGAGCACAGGGCAGACAUCAAAGCCUUGUGGCUGGACUUGACAACGUCCGAACUCCACCCCUCACUCCAUGAGCUUCGCGCCCUGAUCACCCAGCCUCAAUAUCCUCUCCCAGGGAUGGCCCCGCAUAACUGCCAGCUAAGCGGUGUCAUCAUUGUACCCUCACCAAACUACGCUGCCGGACCGGUUGCGACCAUCCCAGCAUCAUCAUGGGCCGACACCGUCAACACCCGCCUCCUCUCUCCCAUUCUCACCGCGCAGGUUUUCCUGCCCCUCUUGACUCUCCGCAGCAACAGCAGCUCUCUCAUCUUCGUCUACCCAUCCAUCUCAUCAUCCCUUUCCGCACCCUUCGCCGGGCCGGAAGUCACAACGACGCGGGCGAUUUCAGGCUUCGCGACCUCCCUCCGCCAGGAACUCCGUCUCCUCGAGAACGGAAACGUUGAUGUUGUCGAGCUCCGGCUCGGAAAUAUCGAUCUGGGCCCGUCUUACCGAAACGCGCAAAAUCAUAUCGCUGGGACGGAAGUGUUGGCGUGGAGCGCGCAACAGCGGGCGUUGUACGGCCCUCAAUAUCUAAACAGCGUUGAGCAGCGACCGGUUGCGUCGGUGGGACCUGCUGCGAUUCGCGGCUCUCCAGCACGGGUCCUUCACCACGCCGUGCUGGAUGCCUUGGAGCCGGCGUCUCGGAACAUCUUAGGACGUCGCGCGCAUAAGAAAGCAGUUCUGUACGUAGGCCGCGGUGCGCGGUCGUACAGCUUGAUUGGUGAUUGGAUGCCCAGCGGGUUGGUAGGCUUGAUGAUGGGCUAUCGCAGUGGACAGGUCGUGGGAGUCGGCAGCCCUAGCAGCGGCAGUGAGCACAGCUGGGAGCGAGUUUAA